AUUUAGUGUGAAAAACUUGGGAUUGUCACACACAUUUUUUGUAAAUAUGUCAAUUCUCAAUGAACAAGAUGGCGUGGCUGCCUAAUUACGUCCAUCUUCUUGCGGCGUCCCUGCUCCUAGCACCUAUAUUGGCGGGUGUCUGCCCUGACGGGUGUGUUUGCAGCACAACGCGAGAUGGUCUCCAUCGAGUCACCUGUAGCAACCUCGCAGAGCUUUAUAAAUAUUCUCUCCGACAAAAACACCAUAAUAUUAACAUUCUUGAUCUCUCACAUAAUAAUAUAACAAAAAUUACCCACGAGUUGGAUCGAUUGACCGAGGUGGUAACACUUGAUCUGUCUACUAAUGGACUCACUGAGCUUAACAAAUUUUUGCAUAACGCAAAAAAAUUAGUUCAUCUAAAUUUAGCUCAUAAUAGAAUACAAAAACUCUCACUGACGUUGCUGCCCACAAGUGUUAGUUCCUUGGAUUUAACGGGUAAUCUUUUGAAAGAUGUGCCGUCGGACUUAGCUCAUUUACCUAGCCUAGAACAUCUGGAAUUAAGCGGAAAUCCUUUAGACUGUUCUUGUGCAAACAUUAUUGCUCGCAACCGUUUGUUAGCCGCAAACGUAUACAUUGAUAAUGUAUUAUGUCAGACGCCAGUUCAUUUGAAGGGUCGUUCCUGGCUAGAAUUAAAAAUAAAGGAUAUUUGUAAAGUUACUAAACUGGAUUUCAUGGAUAUGAUGAUGGGCGACCAGCCAUAUGAUGCUGUGCGAGUUGGUGAAGAGACUACAGCCCUUAAAUCUAUGCCUUUAGUAGCUAGUAGUGAUCUUGAUGAUGGUAAAAUUAUACAUGAUGCGGAUGUAGCAGAUGAUGAUGAUAGCUUGCAGUUUAUGAAAGUUGGUCGUAUUACUUCGUCAUCUCCUAUAAAUGAAAUUGACGGUUCGGGAGAUGCUGAAAGCACCACAAUGAGUGAUAUUAUAGAGCCUAUCCAAGAACAAAAAAGGUUCGGUAACUUACUGGCCAGUGACGAAAUUUUACCGGCAGUUAACGUUCAUACUACUGAAGAUCCUAUACAAGGAUCCGGUGAAGGGUCUGGUUACUUCAUACCCGAUUAUGAAGAAACUACUGAAAUAAUUGUUGAAAAGACUACUGUCAUACUUAAUGAAUUAAGCCCUGAUCCAGUUGAAAGAAUAUUUACUGAUGAUGAUAAUUCUAGUGAUGCAGAAUUUCCAAUGCCACAACCACCAACAAUUUAUCAAGGUGGUCCAGAUUGGCACAUUAAAAAAGAUAUAGUGACAGAAAAAUCAGUUACUCCGGAAGUUACAAGAGAUACAACUGUUUCUGAACAAAUCCGCGUAACUCAAGCAUCAGAGGUUCUCGGCCAAGUACCAGCUAACGAUCAAAAUGUAGUGCCACAUAAAACGGGAACCUAUGUUUGUAUUGCAUUAAUAAUUGUCUUACUUGUUGGGUUAAUUGGAUUUGCAAUAACUAAAGGUCAAAUGAGAAAGCGUAGAGACCGCCGAAUUUUAAGGCAGCAAAAGAGAGAUGUAGAAAAAGCCUCUAAAGAAAUGGUAGAUAUGAAUAAAUCUUUAUUAGGGAAACCAGCCACAACAGAAAAUCCUGUGGAAAGAAAAGUUAAUGGAAAAUAUGAACUUGUACCAACACACGAGACACAUCAAAAAAAGUGUGAAAAUGGUGAAGUUGCCAAUGGCAUAAAACACAAAGACAAUGAAAAUCUUAGAACAGAUAGUCCUCGUGAUACGAAUCAAAACAAGAGCAGUUCGAUCGACAAUAAUUUAGCUCAUGAUCCUAGAGUGCCAAAACAAGAAACGUCUUUUGAAUCGGAUCCAGGGGCGAAUUCUAGGAAGGAUACUAACUCACUGUCCAGUGAAGAUAUAUUUGUUCCAAUAAAUGAUGACGAUAACCCUACGCCAGAUCGUAAUCGAGAUUCCGGUGUGUCUCAGCCUCUCAUAAAUGGAGAUCCUUCAGUUGAUACUGACUACUUGUCACCGUCACGUGAAUAUGUGCCCGUGUACUCUCCCGAUAUGGGAAGAGUUCGUAUAAAAAUGACAGAAAUCCCUAAGCCAAAAACGCCAGUGCUAGUUACUCGGAGUAGGUCAAAUGCUGGUGAUAUAAUUAUAACGCCAUCAACCGACGGAAAUGCACCAAAAUCAACUACUUGAAAACUUAGGACCAUUGAACAGGAUAAGAACAAUUUGUGUAUAUCUGUGUCAAUUAGCAAACAUUUCACUAUUGGCAAAAACUGUGAUUAUUUUGUGGGCGUAAGUGAGGGAACUCUUAUUUAUGAGGGUCUGGCGUUUUGACUGUUAUAAGUACUGCCAAAGUGUGUUUGUAGUCGACAGUGCCUUUAUAUUUGUUAGUCGUAUAAAUAUAUUUAUGAGAGCAUUUUGUGCGAUAAGUAAAAAUAUUUUUAUACGUUUAAAAAUGUUGCCAUGUUCAUUAUAGUUUAAAAAUGGUUACACAAAUCGUUUCAUAGCAAUCUGUUUAUGUAACACAAAUUGUACAAUCAUGUAUUGUAUUCUUUACUAGGUCUUUGGUUACUUUGGGUACAAUUCUUGAGUUGUCAAUGGUUGUGUACUUACCUUUAUCGCUCCGAUGCUGCACGUGAGAAGAAAUGUAGAACAACGAAUGUUUUUAAAUGGCUGUUGUCCAACAUAUUAUAAAAUCCUCCCUUAAAGAGAUACACUCUCGUUCUAUGCAUAAGUUCCUUAUGAGUAAUUUUAUUAAAUUAUUAGUUAUUUAAGAUUGUGAUACCAUUUAUUUUAAGUAACCAUGCUAUUAAGGUUAAAUAUAUGCAGGAACAUAAUUAUUUCAUUGUAUAUUUGUUUAGUUAGUUUUAUUUGAAAUUAUUUUAUAUUGUAAUUAAGAGAUGUUUUAAUUGCUGUAUCACUCUGCUUUUGCUGACUUGGAAUUCAUUUUUCAUUAAUUUAUCGACAUAUAUAUAUAUAUUUAAAAUGGUACUUUUUCAAUAUUAUAAAUCAAAAUAUAGAACAAUAAACUAUUUCAAUGUAAAGAGAUUUAUAAUUCAUGUGUUUUAUUUCAAACUAUAUAAAGUCUUGUUUGAAUGAAA